AGCCGCUGCAUAAUCUUAGGAGAAACAAUGUUCUUGUUGGCGGAAAAAAGAGGAAGACAUCCUAAGGAGAUAAAUGUCGGACACCCAAACCUUGAGACAGAGAGAAUCCCCACUAGGAAGCUGUAGGUGCUGUACAGAUUUAAUCUUAAAAAUUAACACUUUUGUGUGCUGAUAAUAUGGAGGUACAAAAUUUAGAAGAAGAUGAAGGCAGAAAAUAAAGGGAGGGGAUAAAGUAAGGAGGAAAAGGCAAGGAACAGUAAAGAAUAAUCCAGAAUGGCUACUCUGAUUUUUGUCGAUAAGGAAAAUGGAGAACCAGCCACUCGUGUGGCUCCUAAAGAUGGGCUGAAGUUGAAGUCUAGACAUUCAGUCAAAGCUUUAGAUGGGAGAUCUCAGGUUUCAACACCACUUGUUGGCAAAAUGUUUGAUGCUCCGUCAGCCUUACCUAAAGCUGCCAGAAAGGCUUUGGGAACUGUCAACAGAACUACAGAAAAGUCAGUAAAGACUAAUGGACCCCUCAAACAAAAACAGCUAAACUUCCCUGCAAAAAAGGUGAUUGAGAAGACCACUGAAGCAAAAAGCUCUGUUCCUGCCGCAGAUGACACCUAUCCAGAAAUAGAAAAAUUCUUUCCUUUCAAUCCUCUAGAUUUUGAGAGUUUUGACCUGCCCGAAGAGCACCAGAUUGCAGACCUCCCCUUGAAUGGAGUGCCUCUCAUGAUUCUUGAUGAGGAGAGAAAUUUUGAAAAGCUGUUAAAGCUGGGUCCCCCUUCACCUGUGAAGAUGCUCGCUCCACCAUGGGAAUCUGGUGAGCAAGUGCCCUUGUGGAAGGGCUGCAAACAGUUUGUUUCCAUUACUGUGGAAACAGAGUUGUGCAGGAGGUCAAUAAUUAGUAAUUUCUAUCCUUUGAACUAUAGGAUAAGGUUUCAGAGUAAUUCUCAGUUGGUAUUUCUUCUUAGUCCCAGAUGCACCAGUAAAAAUUUAUUUUGGAGCAGAUAUUCAGUUUUAGAUAUAGCAAGAAGAGAUUAAAUCUAAAAUAUCUUAAGUUAUAACAUGAAGGAUAUUAUAAACUUGCUUGGAAUGAGGAUUUCAAGUUAUAUUCAAAGAUAAUAUAUUAUCAAGACACUGCUGUAUUGCAGAAUGACAGUAACUUAGUGCAGAAGGUUUUAGUCUGAACUGGUGGUCAAGAGCCAUCAUUGUGUUAUCUUUGUUCUGAUGAGAUAACUUGUACUAAUAAGAUACAUUAGUGAGACAGUUAUUAGCUCUUUGGUCUCAAAGAACAAUAGAGAUUCAGGUACUUCUAAGAUUUUUUUCCUAAUGAAGGUCAGUUUUAGGGCGAUAGCCACAUUCUGUGAAAUCUGUGUGAGAAGGGGAUGUAGGUAGGGAUUCAUUAGACAAAGGGAAAAGUGUGAAUUUAUGAUUAAAAGUGACAGCUAAAAUUUAUGUUUAUAUGGAUAAUGACUCAAGGAUUGGUAGAAAUUAAAUAAGAAAUUUAUUUUCCAGAUCCGUUGCAGUCUCCUUCAAGCAUUCUGUCGACCUUGGAUGUUGAGUUGCCACCUGUUUGCUAUGACAUAGAUACUUGAAUUUCUUAGUGCUUUAUAGCUAGUGUGUAUUUGUAUUAAUAAAGCAUUUCUUUAACA